AUGAAUAAAGUGUCGGGAGCGCUGAUGAGACAGUCGUGUCAUCGUCUGCUUGAGCACCAGGCCGCAGGAGACGAGCCCCCGUUGUACUCGCCAAUCGAUCAAAUUUCAGUGGUACCUGAUCAUGUGGCCCGGGAGGCCGGCGGCAAGCUGACACGAUAUGCGCCGACGGAAGAGGACGAGGCAACACUCAGGGAACUUCUACUUAGCCUUCAGAGACAGGUGAGCGUGAUGAGCAUGAAUCUCUCCGCCAAGCUGGACGAGCUACAACGCGGCGACCGCCAACUGGAGACCACGGUCGCGCUCUGCGAAAUAAGGACACAGCUGCAAGAGCUCACGAAAAGCGUCGAGUCAUGCCAAAGCGAAGUCUCCGAGGUUAAGCGUGAUAUGGUGGCCAUCAAGCAGGAGUUGGACACGGUGCAGCAAGUGAAGGAAGAGAUAGAAGAACUCCGAGAAUAUGUUGACAGGCUUGAAGAGCAUUCGCAAAGGAGGAAGCUGAGGUUGCUCGAACAGGGGCUUACUUUCUUCUUAUCAUACGCUAUUCUGGCAGCAGUUCUUGGAAUGCUGCAGUUCGGUUACAACACUGGUGUUAUUAACGCUCCCGGCAGAAACAUCGAAAACUUCAUGAAAGACGUAUACAAGGAUCGCUAUGGCAAGGAUAUACACGAAGAUACGGUGAACAGUUUAUAUUCGAUAGCCGUUAGCAUAUUUGCAAUCGGCGGCAUGCUUGGCGGAUUUUCGGGCGGAAUGAUAGCAAACAGGUUUGGAAGGAAGGGGGGUUUAUUGCUCAAUAAUAUCCUUGGCAUCAGCGGCGCCAGUCUCAUGGGUUUCACGAAAAUCUCACACUGUUACGAAAUGCUUUUCUUCGGCAGAUUCAUUAUAGGCGUCAACUGUGGACUAAACACAUCACUAGUGCCGAUGUAUAUAUCUGAGAUAGCACCGCUGAACCUGCGUGGUGGGUUAGGCACCGUUAACCAGCUGGCUGUCACCGUAGGCCUACUGCUAUCCCAAGUCCUCGGCAUCGAACAGAUACUUGGGACCGAUGAUGGCUGGCCUAUUCUGCUCGGUUUGGCGAUCUGUCCGGCGAUACUACAACUCCUACUUUUGCCGGCGUGCCCCGAAUCGCCACGCUACCUGCUCAUAACGCGUCAAUGGGAAGAAGAGGCACGGCGGGCCUUGCGAAGAUUGCGGGCUAGUAAUCAGGUGGAGGAGGAUAUCGAGGAAAUGCGCGCCGAGGAGCGUGCCCAGCAGGCGGAGGCAUCCAUUUCCAUGCGAGAGUUGCUUUGCUCACCAACGCUGCGAGCGCCAUUGCUUAUCGGCGUCGUUAUGCAACUCUCGCAACAGCUGAGCGGGAUCAACGCGGUAUUCUAUUAUUCGACGUCGCUUUUCACUUCCUCCGGGCUGACUGAGGAAUCGGCGAAGUUCGCGACGAUGGGCAUUGGUGCGAUCAUGGUGGGCAUGACCCUGGUCUCCUUACCGCUUAUGGACCGAACGGGCCGUCGCACCCUGCACCUGUACGGCCUCGGAGGAAUGUUCAUCUUCUCCAUUUUCAUUACGAUCUCCUUCCUCAUAAAGGAGUUCUUCGGCUAUGUGCAGGAGAUGAUAGACUGGAUGAGCUACCUGUCCGUGGUGUCCACGCUGAGCUUCGUGGUGUUCUUCGCCGUGGGGCCUGGCUCCAUACCCUGGCUGAUCACUGCCGAGCUAUUCUCACAGGGUCCGCGGCCGAGUGCGAUGGCGAUAGCCGUGCUAGUUAAUUGGAUGGCCAACUUUGUCGUCGGGAUCGGCUUCCCCAGCAUGAAGGCUCUACUGGAAAAUUAUACAUUCCUGCCUUUUAGUGUAUUCCUUGCGAUUUUUUGGAUAUUUACGUAUAAAAAAGUUCCUGAAACAAAAAAUAAGACCUUCGAAGAGAUAUUGGCACUGUUCCGGAAUUCGAAUGGCAGGGACAGUUUUCGCGACAGCCGCCUGUACGGAAGCAUGAUGAAUUGCGUGAACGCGCUCGAGCAGCAACUGCCGCCGCCGCCGCCGCCUGCGCCCGUCGACGAGAAACACGACUCACUGUCGGAGCAGUCGUCGGCGGGAGGGGAGGGGGGAAGACCGCCGCCGCCGCUGCCCCCGCCACGCUUCCCCACCCCCGGCAACGUC